UUACAAGAGCAUCAUAAUCCUUCACUAAUCUAUAGCUAUAGCUAAACAAACGCCACAGAAAUUAAUGGCGCUGCCUCCAGGAAAACCAGAGGUGAUCUCCAGAGAGAUGGUUAGACCAUCUACUGCAACCCCAGACCGCCACAGAAUUCACCACCUUUCCUUCUUCGACCAGUUGUUUCCUUCAAUUUACGUCCCUCUUCUCUACUUCUACCUCAACCACGAAACCCGCAAUAGCAUUGCAGCUGAUGUUGUCCGCGACAAUAAAACCCGCGUCCUCAAACUGUCCCUCUCGGAAGCACUGUCCACGUACUACCCGCUAGCAGGGAGGAUGGGAGACGACGAUCCCUUGACAGUUCACUGCAACGACGAAGGGGCUCUCUUCCUGCAAGCGCGGACAAACUCGGAGCUGCAUGCAGCACUGAACCAUCCAGAUGCAGGCGUUCGAGACGAGUUCCGAAAGCUCUUGUUCCCCGAUGAUCUUUGCUACAAAAGCACGAGCUGUAGUCGUCCCCUGGCUGUUCAGGUCACUAGCUUUGAGUGUGGAGGGAUUGCACUAGGCAUCUGCGUGUCUCAUAAGUUCCUAGACAUGUUCAGCUUCUGCUCCUUCAUCAGCUAUUGGGCUGCAAUAGCUGCUGCCAGCAGUUUGGGACACAGCAACAUCAAGCUGCAUCCUCUGGAAUUCACUCUGGCUACUCUGUAUCCACCGUUUGACUUACCACCACCAGUGAACAAGACCGUCGUCAAGAAGCCUCGGAAGGAUGUCAGAUACGUCGUUAACCGGUUUGUCUUCGGUGCUUCCUCGAUCGCGAAGCUGAAAGCUAUUGUGGGGAUCGGCAGAGUCGAGAAUCCCACAAGGGUUGAGCUGGUUUUGGCACUGCUUUGUUCUUGUGCCAUAUCUGCAGCCUCCUCAUCCAAAGGUCGUGGUGUUGUGUUGAUCCAAGCUGUGAACUUGCGCCGUAGAAUGAUGUCUCCACCCCCACCUGCUCGUUCCGUGGGGAAUCUGUCUUCGGUUUUUGCAAUGUCGAUUGCGGAUGACAUGGUGGAGGAUCUGGCUCUGUUUGUCAGCAUGUUGAGGAGGGCGAAAACCGGGUAUUUCAGCUCCUGCGCCGCGGAAUCUGUUGGGAUCAAUCGGUUCCUCGAUUUCAUCAUGAAGACAGUGAAAGAGUACAGGGAUGCGAGUAAAGAGGAGGAGGCGGCUGCUGCAAAGGUGUACCCGUGCUCCAGCUGGUGCGGAUUCCCGCUAUACGAAGCGGAUUUCGGUUGGGGGAAACCAGUGUGGGUGACAGCUGCUGAUUUUGAUGAGGCGACGGAUAUGGUGUUGUUGGAUACAAGAGACGGGCAUGGGAUCGAAGCGGUUGUGUCCCUGGAAGAACACGAAAUGGCUGCUCUUCUGCGUGACCAGAAGCUCCUGGCCUUUGCUCGGAUCAACCCAGUUGUUGAUCCCGUCAUCAUCCGCUAACUAAGUAUAUGUGGUAUUGGCACUACUGAAGCUUGUAGUUUGCGUAAUUUCAUUCUCUUUCUGUCUCUGUAAAAGAAAAAAAAAAAUAAUAAUAAUAAUAAAAAAUCCUGGUCAUUUUAUUUUGUACUUGGGUUAAUAUAUUUGUAUGGCCUCAACUUUGAUAAAAAUAAACAUUUUGGCCAAUUUUUUCGAUCUAUAACAUUCUGGCCUAAACUAUACAUCAAAAUAACUAAAUUGACCAAACUCGAUGGUCAAACAUGUUGACUAACGGUCAACGCGCCACAUCAUCGCCCAAUCAGCGCAGAACAUUUAAAAAAUUGAUUUUUUCACCUAUUAUCAUUUAUCUCUUUUAUUGUUUUUUCUUUUCUUUUUAUAUUUGUUUUUAACUUAAUUGAAAUAAUGAGAUUAUGUGGCUUUUUUGAAUUUUUCAACAUUUUUUAUGCUGACUAGGCGGUGAUAUGGCGUGUUGACCGUUUGGCCAAUUUAGUUAUUUUGAUGUAAAAUUUGGGUCAGGAUGUUAUAAAUCGAAAAAAUUGACCAGAAUAUUUAUUUUGAUCAAAAUUCAGGUCAUACAAUUAUAUUAACCCUUUUAAUUUUCAGAACCCAAUGCGUAAUUUUACCCCUAUAGUGAACUGUGGGGUUAAUUGCAUGGUUGGUCACUGAAAUUACAAAAAGCGUUCAUGUUUGGUCACUAUAAAUAUUUAAAUCCACUUUUGGUCACUAACUUUACAAAAACCGUUCAUUUAUGGUCACUCUCCGUUAGCUGCCGUCCAACGCCGUUAACGGCGUCCGUUAAGUGAUGACGUGGCUGACGGAUUUGCCUAAUCAGCACUUUUUAAACCCAAAAUUGACUGACCCGACCCGCCACGUCAUUUAAAUCCGCCACGUCAGCUAAGCCUAACCAAACCUCUACCCAAACCCGACCAGACCCGCUAACUAAAACCAAACCAGACCAGCACUUAUUAUGCACACUGCUCGGCGAAAACAAGCUCGUCUGAAACAUCCCGGAUCCGGUCGUCGGUACUUCGAAGCUCCGGGAUUUGAUUCUCGAAUACAACAAUCUCACCGGCGGCGUCCCUCCAUCGCUGGGUAAUAUUUCCUCUCUGGAAGUAAUCGCGGUAAACUUCAACAACCUCGGAGGAACGAUCCCCGAAACACUGGGCGGCCUCAAGAACCUGUAUUUCCUCUCAAUGGUUGAAAAAUGGAAAAAUCACCUAGUCCAUUGCUUGCUGAAGAGCUACCUGUUGCAUAUUAUCCCAAGUUCAUCUUGCCAAAGGCUGAGAAAUAAACAGUACUAUCAAUGGGUUAACGAAUCAUCCCAAGCAACUCCUCCUAAUUAGUUAAACAAAAAAGAAUCAAAUUUGGGGUCUGAC